AUGUGUAUAGUGGUGACGCAACAGUCUGGCCUUGCAUCACAACACAGUCUGGCUCACAGCACAUGCCUUGCAUCACAACACAGUCUGGCUCUGCAUCACAACACAGUCUGGCUCUGCAUCACAACACAGUCUGGCCUUGCAUCACAACACAGUCUGGCUCUGCAUCACACAACACAGUCUGGCUCUGCAUCACAACACAGUCUGGCCUUGCAUCACAACACAGUCUGGCUCUGCAUCACACAACAGUCUGGCCUUGCAUCACACAACAGUCUGGCCUUGCAUCACAACACUCUCUGGCCUUGCAUCACAACACAGUCUGGCCUUGCAUCACAACACAGUCUGGCUCUGCAUCACACAACAGUCUGGCCUUGCAUCACAACACAGUCUGGCCCUGCAUCACAAUACAGUCUGGCUCUGCAUCACACAACAGUCUGGCCUUGCAUCACACAACAGUCUGGCUCUGCAUCACAACACAGUCUGGCUCUGCAUCACACAACAGUCUGGCCUUGCAUCACACAACACAGUCUGGCUCUGCAUCACACAACAAUCUGGCCUUGCAUCACACAACAGUCUGGCUCUGCAUCACACAACAGUCUGGCCUUGCACCACAACACAGUCUGGCCUUGCAUCACAACACAGUCUGGCCUUGCAUCCCAGUCUGGCUCUGCAUCACAACACAGUCUGGCUCUGCAUCCAACACAGUCUGGCUACAACCAGUCUGGCCUUGCAUCACAACACAGUCUGGCUCUGCAUCACACAACAGUCUGGCUCUGCAUCACAACACAGUCUGGCCUUGCAUCACAACAGUGUCUGGCUCUGCAUCACAACACAGUCUGGCUCUGCAUCACAACACAGCCUGGCCUUGCAUCACAACACAGUCUGGCCUUGCAUCACAACACAGUCUGGCUCUGCAUCACACAACAGUCUGACUCUGCAUCCAACACAGUCUGGCCUUGCAUCACAACACAGUCUGGCUCUGCAUCACAACACAGUCUGGCUCUGCAUCACAACACAGUCUGGCCAUCAACACAGUCUGGCCUUGCAUCACAACCACAGUCUGGCUCUGCAUCACACAACAGUCUGGCUCUGCAUCACAACACAGUCUGGCUCUGCAUCACAACACAGUCUGUGCAUCACACAACAGUCGGCGCAUCACACAGUCUGGCCUUGCAUCACCACAACAGUCUGUCUGCAUCACAACACAGUCUGGCAUCGCGUCUGUCCGCAUCACAACCAGUCUGGCUCAUCACAACACAGUCUGGCUCUGCAUCCACAACAGUCUGGCGCAUCAGCAGUCUGGCUCUGCAUCACAACACAGUCGGGCUCUGCAUCACAACACAGUCUGGCGCAUCACACAGUCUGGCUCUGCAUACACAGUCUGGCCAUCACAACACAUGGCCUUGCAUCACAGUCUGCCUUGCAUCACAACACAGUCUGGCUCUGCAUCACAACACAGUCUGGCUCUGCAUCACAACACAGUCUGGCUCUGCAUCACACAACAGUCUGGCUCUGCAUCACAACACAGUCUGGCUCUGCAUCACAACACAGUCUGGCUCUGCAUCACACAACAGUCUGGCUCUGCAUCCACAACAGUCUGGCUCUGCAUCACACAACAGUCUGGCUCUGCAUCACAACACACAGUCUGGCUCUGCAUCACACAACAGUCUGGCUCUGCAUCACAACACAGUCUGGCCUUGCAUCACCCCAUCACAACACAGUCUGGCUCUGCAUCCCACAACAGUCUGGCUCUGCAUCACACAACAGUCUGGCUCCCUCUGCCUUGCAUCACACACAGUCUGGCUCUGCAUCACACAACAGUCUGCCUUGCAUCACAACACAGUCUGGCCUGCAUCACAACACAGUCUGGCUCUGCAUCACAACACAGUCUGGCUCUGCAUCACAACCUGUCUGGCUCAUCACCACAGUCUGGCCUUGCAUCACACAACAGUCUGGCUCUGCAUCACACAACAGUCUGGCCUUGCAUCACACACAGUCUGGCUCUGCAUCACAACACAGUCUGGCUCUGCAUCACAACACAGUCUGGCCUGCAUCACAACACAGUGCUCUGCAUCACACAACAGUCUGGCUCUGCAUCACAACACAGUCUGGCUCUGCAUCACACAACAGUCUGGCUCUGCAUCACAACACAGUCUGUUGCAUCACACAACAGUCUGGCUCUGCAUCACACAACAGUCUGGCCUUGCAUCACAACACAGUCUGGCUCUGCAUCCCAACACAGUCUGGCUCUGCUCUGGCCCGUCUGGCUCUGCAUCACACAACAGUCUGGCCUUGCAUCACAACACAGUCUGGCUCUGCAUCCACCAACACAGUCUGGCUCUGCAUCACAACACAGUCUGGCUCAUCAAACACGUCUGGCUCUGUCACAACACAGUCUGGCCUGCAUCGCUCUGCAUCUGCCUGAGUCUGGCCCUGCAUCACAACAGUCGGCCUUUCCACACGCUCUGGCUCUGCAUCACAACACAGUCUGGCUCUGCAUCACAACACAGUCUGGCUCUGCAUCACAACACAGUCUGGCUCUGCAUCACAACACAGUCUGGCUUGCAUCACAACACACACGUCACCUCCUCCUCCAUUAAUCCAAAUCUGUUCAUAUUUUUGUCUUCUUUUACAACAUAA